AUGCGGCAUGGUGGAUAUAUAUGUGCUAGCCCGCACAAUCACAGUUUGGGGCAGCUCAACUGAUUGACAAUAGCCUCGGAAAUAUCGGGGCAAGGUCCUCCUCUCUUUCUCCACCAUAUUUUGUGAGUUUAGGCCCUCUCCCUGCGCCUCUUCCUCUCUUUCCCUCCCUCUUCCCCCUUUCCUUAAGAAUAUGGAAAUCACGCCCCCUUCUCUCUCUUUCUCUGCGACUCGCAGUGCCUCCCUUGCUCGCCCCCUCCGUCAAAAACGUACGCGUACCGACGGCAAAAAAGUGCAAGCCGUCUUGACAGAGGAGAGAGGGGGAGAAAGAAAAAAAGAGGGCUGAAGGGGGUGGGGAGGAGGCAAACGUACGCAUCAAUUUGUACAGUCUUCAGCAGCGACCCUUUCCCUGCACUGACUUGGAAGGGGAGCGGAGAGAGGGAACAUUUCUGCAUUAUUGCAAUGUGAACCUAUCCGUGCCUCACUGUCUGUGCAUGUGCUUGUUCCCGUCCUUGUAUGACAACGUACAGUACAACCGAGGGACUGAAAGAAAAAGAGGAGUGGGAGAAAGGGACACGCUUCGCUGGAUACCUUAGGUCUCUAAGGCCGUCAUGAGCACAGGGGCCGGCUCAGAACUUGUUUUUGAAAUGGCUGCAGGGAAGAAAUGGACCACGUAGGGUGGCGACAAUGAAAACUCGAACUCACAAAGAAUCGAUGCCCAUGCGCAGUGGGCGUAGGAGGGGGGGCAGCGAGGAGAGGAGGGGUCGGCGCCCUCACCCCAGUCCCUCUCGAGCCGAGCGCAAUGACAGGCAAACGCAACGGCCAUCUGGCGAGGAGCUGCCUGUCAACCGUUUCAACUGUAGACCGCAGGGCCACGAUUCGUCAGAGAGCGAGGGGGAGGAACAUGUCCCUCCCCCAAAGAGACAGAAAGUACAGGACUCCGCGUCCACCAACCCCCCAACUUCAACCCAUUCGACGGACACGUCCAACGUAGCCCCUCCGCCCCCGCCGCCACCCAUAGCAGCAGCAGCAGCAGCACCCAACCAGCCGCGCGGCGAGAGUGACAACGAGGACGGCCAAUCCCAGGGCAGCAGGAGCUCGGUAGGCGGCAGUCUGGCCAAUAGCAGCAGCAGCCUGAGUAGCGGGCGGGACAUUGACCAGGACAAUCGCUCCUCCUCCCCGAGCCUGUCUGCUUCGCCAUUGGCCAGCCUGGACUCCGAGUCCGACUCACCUGACUCGCCCAAGCACGCCGACCAAUCGCGGGAAAGGGAACCGCGUGACAAAAAUUCCACAAAGGAAAGCGCGGGCACCAAAUCUGGUGGCGGAGAAGAGCGCAAAAGUGGCAACCGGGUUGGUGGCAGUGCGAGUGUUGGUGGUGGUGCCACUGGAGGGGGUGGAGGUGAUGAGGGAGGCGCUAGCGAACGCCGAGACGGUGACGGAGGAGGGGUGGAGGACAUGCCACCGGCACCUCUGAAACCCUCACCCUCAUUGGCUCCCUCCCUCCGUGGUCCUGGCGAGCUAUUGGCUGGUGAGGGUAACGCCAGCGGUGGUGGUGGUGGUGGCGGUGGCAUUGGCAGCAGGAAGUCCUAUUUCUCAUUGGACUCUAAGCUGGUGACCAAAAUGGAGUACACAGGGCCGGCAGGAGUGAUGCCGGAGGGCCUGCACACUGGCGGGGGUGUCGGUGGUGGUGGUGGUGGUGGUAGGAUGAACUCUAAAGUGAAUGCUCAGGCAGGGAACAAGGCAGGUGGAGGAGGAGGAGUAGGUGGAGGUGGAGGUGGAGGUGGAGGAGGGGGGACUGGUGAGUACCCUCAUGGGAACCAGAACACCUCCCAUCCUCCACCCCUGCCCCUGCCGCCACCGCCUGCCCUUAAGCCCCUGGAGGUGGGCCAGAACCUGCCCGGCGAUGGCAAAGGUGACAAGCUGGACAAGGCGGACAAGACAGCUCCUCCGUCCUUGCUGCCCCAGACCAGCCCGUUGCCACAGCAACAGACACAGCAACAGCAACAACAACAACAACAGCAACAGUCACAACAGCAGUCCCAGCAGCCUCCCCUGCCGCCCCACACCCACCACUACACCCCCACCAGUUGGCCCGGCAACGCCACCUCCACCGGUUGCCCGGGAAACUGGAGCUACGCUCGUUACCCCGGCAACCACCACCACCCGCACCCGCACCCCCACCCCCCGGUUCAGCAGCAGCAGCUGCCGUCCGUCUACAACCCCCCCUCCCGGCAACACCCCCCUUACCUGGCCGCGCACCCCCACCGGGAAUACCUGCCCAGGUACGCAGGGGCGGCCGCCGUGGCUGCUGCCGCAGCUGCACAGGCCGACCGCGAGAGGGAGAGGGAGAGGGAGCGGGAGAGGGAACGAGGCCAGGGACCAGGGCCGGGGCCGGGCCAGGGACAGGUGGACCGUGACAGGGACAGGGACAGAGGGGUGCGAGAGUUUGGGGGAAGAGGCGGGGAGAUGGGUCGAGAGUUCCCCAUUAACAUCAACAGCAGCAACAGGGACAACAAUAGGGACAGCAGUAGUGGAGGCAGCAGCAGCAACAGCAGCAGUGCAGGUGGUAUGAAUAACAACAGCGGUGGGGGUGGGGGUGGGGGUGGAGGCAACAUGAGCACCUGUGGAGGAGGAGGAGGAGGAGGAGGGGGAGCCAGGGACGGUAACCAGGCCAGGGAGUUCGGGAGCCUGGCAGGAGGCCAGGGGCGCGAGUACAGUGGGCUGGGUCCGCAGGGAGGAGGAGGAGGAGGAGGAGGAGGUGGGCGCGACUGCCCCCCAGGACCCGGGGGGAGGGAAUUUGGGUCAGGUUUCAGAGAGAGGGAGAGAGAACGAGAGAGGGAGAGAGAGAGGGAUAGGGACGUGGGCGGAGGGAGGGAGUUCCCCACGCCUAACCAGCAGCACCAGGGGCAAGGUAGAGAGUUUGGGCCGGGUGUUGUGGGGGGAGGGGUGCACGUCAGGGACAAGGAGGGCAGGUGGGGGGAGUUUGGCGGGCAGCUGCGAGACUCCGGGGGUAACAACAACCCCGGUAACAACGGUAACAGUGGCGUAGGAGGAGGACCAGGGAACAUCAACAACAACAACCCUGGAUCUGGACUGAAUCGAGACCGAGACCGAGACCGGGACCGGGACCGGGACCGGCCAAACUCGCCCCCGAAUGGCAACCCGAACCACCCAGCCCAUGGCACCGGCGGCCCUCACUCCCAAGGCCCCAACCACCCAGGCAGGGACAGGGACAGGGACAGGGACAGGGACUACCCCCCUGGCAUGGACCCUCCCCACCCGCAGCCCGGCCAGCACAAUAACAAUCGGCCCCCCUCCUCCGGACCGGACCCCCACCCACCACCCCACUACCUGAGAGAGUACCCCCCGCCCGGCUCCAAGGACUACCCUUCCUCUCAAGGUGGACCCCAAAACAAUGCCCCGCCGCACGGGCCGGGAGGUAGAGAGUACCCCAGCCCCACCAACAUGCCUCAGAACAUGGGGCGCGAGUAUGGGGGAGGAGGAGGGGGAGGAGGCCCGAUGCCCCAUCCGCCCCAUCAUCCACACUACCAGGGUGGACAGACGGGCCUGGCCCACCAGGCAAGGGACCGAGAGCGGGACAGGGACGGAGGUGGCCCCCAUCCCCCCCAUGGACACUACCACCACAACCGAGCUGGUGGAGGUCCCCACCAUCCCCCGGCUCUCUCCCCCUCCACGGGGGCCUACGGACAUCCGCCCUACCCUCCCCCGCCACCCCCUCCGCCUGCCUCCCAGCCCUCCGGCGGCCACGGAGCCAAUCACGGCCGAGCGGGAGGGCCGUAUUCGUCCAAUCAGACGCCCCCGACCCCUCUGUCACCGCUCCCGAGCCCCUCGACCAACCAGAUACCAGGGAUGCCCCCAUUUAACCAAUCAGGCCCCGCGGCGUCUGCGGCAAACAUCCAGCUUCCUGCCUCGGGCGUGGCGACGUCCUGCCCGUCCGGUUGCCGUCCUUCCCCUUAUCAUAGCACUUUAAAUAGCCACGGCCCUUACAGCGGGGGCUAUCAUGGGAACGCUCACAAUAUCAAUGCCAUGGCAGCCAACAACACCGCUAAUGGCAUUGGUGGUGGUGGCGGCAUAGGCAACAGUAACAACAGCACACAUUUGCCGAACCUCUCGCCACAGAAUCCCCCCAAGGUUCAGCAUGGUGGUGGUCCGCAUGGCGGGCCCAACACCGUGGGCCCAGAUGGUCCACACAACAACAGCCCGAUUGGCUCCUUGCAGCCGCCCGUCAUCAAGGAGGAGCCAAUGGAAGAGCGAGAGGAGACGGACACCCCACCCCCUGUCUUGAGGAGCCCCUCCCCCGAGCCAAAGCUUGUCGACAUUCCGAUCCAUGCCAGCCAAUCAGCGCGGUUCCACAGGGUACUAGAUCGAGGCACGGGGAACUCGUGUGCUCGCAGUGAUGUUCUCUUCAUCCCACUGGAUGGCUCCAAGCUCUGGAAGAAGCGCAACGAGGCCAUCGAGAGGGCCCGGAGAGAGGUGGAGCAAAGAGCCCGGGACCUGAGGGAGAAAGAGAGGGAGCGAGAGAGGGAGAGAGAAAGAGAGAGGGACCUGGAACGCCAACUACAGCAAAAGGAUGGUAACGGUGGCACGCCGGGGGCACUAGGACCCGGAGGUCCCCGUACCGGCGCCUCCCUCUUCUUCCCCACUUCCUCCUCCAUCCUCCUGGACCCCGUCUCCUCCACUGCUUCCGUGGUUAACCCCAUGCACACCAUGCACACAUCCCACGCGCAACACCACCACCACCCGGCCGCCCACCACCCCACCCACGUGCACUCCCUGCACCCCUCUCACCACCUGCACCCCUCCCUCUCCCACUCCAUCCCCCACUCCCUGCUCCUGCCCUCCAUGGGGGGUCACCAGGUGGUGGGAGGUCCCCAGGGUGCGUUGGGCCUAGGCCUGGGUGGCCCCUACUUGGGUCCCGACACGCCUGCGUUGCGCACCUUGAGCGAGUACGCCCGUCCCCACGCCAUGUCGCCCCUCGGGGCAGCCGCUAGGGCCCAGGCGGGCCACCACCCGCACAUGCACCCCCACGCGCACCCCCACGUACACCCCUCCUUCUUCCUGCCCCAGUUCCAGAACCCCGCGUUGGCACACCCGCACCACCUGCCCACGGAUGCCGCCACGGCCGCCGCCAUCCUGGGCUUCCUGUACGGUGGAAGUCUGGAGGGGGCGCCUGGCAUGGCUGCCCACGGAGCGCCGGGGGGCGGCCCAGGCGGCAUGGGGGCCGCCGGGCUGGGUGGAGUGGGCUUCCCGCACGCCCACGCCCACGCCCACGCCCAGGCCCAGGCCCAGGCCCACGCCCACGCGGCGGCUGUGGCUGCCCAGCGAGACCGCAUGGUGAAGCCCGGGUUCGAGUUUAAGAGUGAGGAGCGCGUGUAUCCGGCAGGGGCCAUCACCGAGGCCGCCUUGUCUCUCUCCCACGCGCACACGCACGGCCACACGCACCCGCUGCUGCUGGGGGCCGGGGCGUCGGCCGGGGGCUCCACCAGCGACGUGUCCCUCUACGGCACCCCGCCUCCGUCUGCACCCCCUUCCCAGGGCAGCCUUCCCACCACCCCCCUCAGCACGCCAGGCAUCCGCCACCCGAACCCCACCCCCCACCCCCCCACCACCACCACCAACCCUGCCACAGCCUCCGGAAUCCCACCCACUCACCCGAACCAGCCUCCAGGCUCCAAUCAGAACCCUCCGUCCACCCAAGCCGGUCCCAACACCUCCACGGCCCCUCCUCAAGCACCCCAGUCCGGCCCUCCUCUCCCCGUGACGUCCGGGCCGCCUCCAUUGGCCCUCGGCUCCGUCCUUCACAACCCGGCGUCCAAUCACCCGGCCUUCCAGAGCCUUAACUCCUCCUCCCACCAGCACCAGCACCAGCAUCAGCACCAGCACCAGCACCAGGCGUCGGUGGUGCCCCCGCCUCCCCCGCACUCGGCCUCCUCCGACAGCUUCUCCUCCUCCUGCCACAGCCGCUCGCCCAUGAGCGACAGAGCGCGCAGCGUGGAGAGGGAGAGAGAGAGGGAUCGCGACCGAGACCGCGACAGAGACAGAGACCGUGACCGAGACCGAGACCGCAGCCUCCCUUCCGAAAGGGAACGAGAGAGAGAACGGGAGAGGGAGAGGGAGCGAGAGAGGGAGCGAGAGCGAGAGAGGGAGAGAGGAGUCCCCGGAGGCGGAGCAGGAGGCCCCGGAGCGGGGGGAGGAGCAGGAGGAGGAGGAGGAGGAGGAGGAGGUGGAGGUGCUGGGGUUGGGGGUUCAACGGCUACAGCAGCAGCAGCAGGAGGAGGAGCAACGGCUCCUGGAGGAACAGCAGCAGGGGGAGCUGCAGGAGCCACAACAGGAGCAGGAGCAGGAGCAGGAGGAGGUGGAGGAGCAGGGGCAGGAGGAGGAGGAGGAGGAGGUGCCGGAGGGGAGACGCUGGGCCGGCUGCCCAUGCUGAACGUGACGCCCCACCACCACCAGCACUCGCACAUCCACUCACACCUGCACCUGCACCAGCAAGACACAGCAGCGGGAGGGGUGCACCCCCUGAUGGACCCCCUGGCGUCGGGCUCGCCCCUGGCCCGCCUGCCCUACCCCGGAGCCGCCCUGCCCCCACCCAUCCUGGCCGCGCACCCCCUUACUGAUAGCGAGGUGCUGCGCCAACAGCUCUUUGGAGGUCCCUUCCGGGAGCUGCCCCAGUCCUCGUCCCUGGGUGGCUCCAUGUCGGCGGCGCACCAGCUGCAGGCCAUGCAACAGGCCCAGAGUGCCGAGCUGCACAUCCAGCGCAUGGCCCUGGAGCAGCAGUGGAUCCACCACCACCACCACCACAGCCUCGCGCAGGACGAGUACUACAGCCACCUGAAGAAAGAGAGUGACAAAACACUGUGAGGGAGGGAUCCAUGAGAGGGGGAGGCCUAAACUAAAACUAGAAGAAAGAAGGGAUGGACAGAAGGAGAGAGCAAACGAGGAAAAAGAGAGAGGAGGAGAACAUAGGAACACGAGGAGGAGCACACGUGCAAAUGAAUGAACGAGUGAUAUUGAAUAAUGAAAAAAACGAGAGCACUGAGAGGACUAUAACAGAACUGGAAGGACUCGCAUGCGAGAGAAAGAGAGAGAGAGAGAGAGAGCGAGUUCCAGUAUAAACCGUCCAAUGAGAAGAGUUGGAACUGAGCCGCCACGCCUGAGUCUGGCCAAUCAAUCACAGCCUGUGUAAUUAAUACCGCAAGAAAACCCCACCCACUCAUUAAGUGGAUUCUCUCACCAAACUCCGCCCAGCCAGCCUUGUUGAUAAUGAUCGUUGUACCUUUGUAAAUCAGUGGGGGGCGGUAGAGAGCGCUGUAAACAGACCUCCCUAUUCGCCUGUACUUAUAGCAUAACUACCCCCCCCCCCCCCCCCCCAGAGAAUGUCUGCAAAAAUGAAGUCCUGUUUUAUGUCUUUGCAUGUAGCUAGAAGCCUACCCUGACCUGGUGAAACACUUUGUUUGUUCAUGUUUGUUUGUCUGUCUGUCUUUUUUAUGUUUCUUCAAUGUUUGUUUGUGUUUAUUUGUUGCUUUGUUUUUUGUUUUUCUUUUAGUGAAGCCCUCACUCUAAAAGGACGGGUUUUUGUUUUUUGAAUAAGUAUGCAUGAGACCAAUUUAGUGACCCAUUAUGUUUAUUAUUGAUUGAUAGUAUAAUGAUGAUAAUUAUUAUCAAUGUUGUCUGUUUGUUAAUAAUGAUAUGAUUAUUAUAAAAGCAUAUUAUUUUGUAUUAUUUUUUUAUAUUUUCAUGGUAUCGCUGUGUAUUUUUAGUUUUUUAUUUUGAAUUUCCCUCAUGAAAAAAGAGAUGCAAAAUGAAGGAUGAUGACGAAUAAAAGAUCGUUUUUCUACAUGU